AUGUCCGCGGGCCUUUCGGGUCCUCCGCCCGCGGACUACACCUCUUACGUCCUCGCGCUGGAGUGGCAGCCACAAUGGUCGCUUCGCGCCUGCCCCGGAUCUGCGAGCGCCGACCCUCGCCUGAUCGCGGCCAUGGCGGGAUCUCUCGGCGCUUGGGCGCGGCAGAAUCUCUCGCUGCACGGCCUGUGGCCCGAGUAUACCAACGCGUCCGCGCACGCUGGCUGGCGGUGGCCGCAGUGGUGCAACGCGAGCCGUCUCGACUACCGGGUGUGCGAGCGCGAGGAGGGCCUCGAUGGCUGUCAGCCGACGGAGCAGGCGCUCGCCGACUACAACGUCUCUGGCCGCUGGCAGUCGUGGGCGAUCGAGUACGCGUUUGGCUCGCUCGCCGCACACGAGUGGUCCAAGCACGGGAGCUGCUCCCCGUCGGCAGAGCAGCAGCCGGCGCAGCUCGAGUACUGGAGCUGGCAGGAGGAGGCGGUGCGGGUGGCGGCGGCGGGCCACGGCAGCCGGCUCGUCUCUGCGAGUGCGGGCGGGGCCGUGCGGAGAGCCGACCUGCUGGCCGCCUUUGAGCGCGACACGGGCGGCCGCGCAGUCGCCCUGCGGUGCGAGGAUGCCUGCCGGCUCAGCCAGGUCUGGCUCGGCUUCCGUGCGGAGCCGGCGACACUGCGGCCGCUGCUCGACCCGGACCACGCAGUCGCCGUGUCGGGCGGCUCGUGCGGACAGUGCGUCGCCGUCGCGAUCGCCGCGUGGUCGGGCUGCCCACGCCGCGCCACCUUCGACCGCGCCCUCGCGAUCGCCGCCGGCGCGCUGCUCGGCCUCGGGCUGCUCGUGUGCGCGCUCCCUCCGCUGCGGCAGCGAGCCGCGUACCUGGCGAGGACUCUCCGCCCCGCCGCGCCGCUCGGGCGGAGCCUCGCCAUGUCUCCCGCGCCGCUCGCCGGGGAGAAGCGUGUCGUCCAGCUGCAGGACCUGGACGUCAGGUCGCCGCGCACGCGGAGGUACGUCGAGGGGCUGCUGGCCGCCGACCCGCAUGAGCUGCCGCCUCCUCCGACGCUGAGAGCCGCCGGCGGCGCCGCGGCCGGCUAGGCACACGGGACGCCGUGACGAUCAUGCAGGGUUAGCCUGGAUUAAGAUUUAAGUUGUGAAAGA